AAAUAUUGUAGGUUGCAUGCGGUGCGACGAGAAGAGUGCCAUCAAGGAACAUGGCAGAAUCGCCAGGAUCGCCGCCUGCUGAAAAGAAAUCGUCGUCUUCGUCGUUGAUGAAUAGUCUUCUAGGUUUGCUCAGGAUUCGCAUCAAACGCGGCGUCAACCUCGCCGUUCGUGAUGUUCGUAGUAGCGAUCCUUAUGUCGUCGUCAAGAUGGGCAAACAGAAACUGAAGACUCGUGUAAUACAUAAGGAUAUUAAUCCAGAAUGGAAUGAGGAUUUAACUCUUUCUGUUGUUGAUCCUGAACUUCCAGUCAAGCUGACUGUGUAUGAUCAUGACACAUUUAGCAAAGAUGACAGAAUGGGAGAUGCAGAGUUUGGAAUCCAAACAUUCAUAGAUGCCUUAAGGAUGAAUUUGGGAGAGCUUCCAAAUGGUACUGUAAUCGCUAGAGAGCAACCUAGCAGGCAGAAUUACUUGUCUGAAGAAACCUGCGUCUGUUAUACUGAUGGUAAAGUGAUUCAAGAUCUCUGCCUCAGAUUAAGAAAUGUGGAAUGUGGUGAAGUGGAAAUCCAACUCCAAUGGAUUGACCUUCCUGGUGCCAAGGGUAUAUAAAAAAGGAAAAAAAGCUAUCAUUUCUUUUUAUUUUUACAUUUUAUCUGCUUGUUUGUUGCCAAUGAUGAGUUGGGAAUGUCUGGUUUUCAAGCAUCGACCACCAGUUGUAUUGCUAGUUAAAUUCAUGGUGGGGUUGCUUUGUUUUGUAGUUUUGGCUUAAAAGCUUAGCUUGUAUCUAUUUAUUUUUCACCUAUCCAUAUCAGGAGUACAGCUCUAGCUCAUCAUAUGAGAUUUGACAAUUUUUGGGUUCUUUUUCAUCUUCUUGAAUAUUAAAAAUUCAAUGUGCAGUUCUGCA